AUGGCGUCCUCAACAGAACAACUCUUCCUCGCCGUCUUAAGAAGCGAGCACAUCAAAGACGCUCUCCUCCCUCACCUCUCAACCACAGACCUCUGCAACAUCCGCCAGUCUUCGUCCGCCUGCUGCAACCUCCUCACCAAGAGGCUCUUCACACGCAUCCACGUCUCCUUCUCCGCCUCAACCUUCACAAAGUCAGCUCGAGUUGCUGCUCUCGCUCGUAUCGGCCAUCACGUCGAGCAUCUCACCUUUUACUUCCCCCACUCUGAUGCUACCUUCCUUCCUCCUCUUGUCCAUCCCGUCUCUGGCAAUGAGAUAUGUUUUCUUUAUACCCCCCACACAAGCAUGGGCUCUGUGCUCUCGCGGCCAAAGUACGCCAAUGCUGAGCUUGGUGAUAUCCUCACCCAGCAAUAUCCUCCUCUGUUCCAUGCUGCAACCAACGUUCCUAGCUUCAUCAAUGCCAUGCGUAACUUCACUAAUAUGCGCCACCUGACUAUUCGCUGUCCUGGACAAGAUCCCAGAGAGCGAUAUCGUCGUGACACUGUCGACUAUGCUCUCAUCAGCCUGCGCAUCUCAUUGGAGCGUGCCCCCCUAGAGAAACUUCACAAGCUCUCUCUUUCUCAACUACACCCCGCAGCCUUCAACUACCUCCGUCACGUCAAUGGCUUCGGAACAGUUCCCUCAGCCGGACGACGAUGGAGACAGAUCAACAGGCUCUCCAUCUCGGUGGACGCCUGGGACUUUUACGGCACGGCACCCGGCCGUGACCACCUGAAGAUCAUGGACGAGUACAUCCGCAACUUGGCCCCCAACCUCGACAAGUUUGCCUUUACAUGGCUUGGUCGAAAAGGACCCUGUCCAGUGGCUCUGGCUGCUGAUCCCCUAUUUGCACCACCCCGUGCCUCGAGGAAGCUCUUCCACGAGGUCACCUCUCCCAUGUCCCCAUUACCCGAAACCCCUGGGAAGGGCGCCAUCUACUUCCCCAAGCUGCGAUACCUACAAGUUCGUAACGCUGUCAUGAACGCCCCCCAGCUAAGCCACUUGAUCAACUCGCACCGCCCAACAGUCAAAGAGUUUGACUUUGAGAGCGUUGUUCUCUCCGAUAACGGGAACUGGGACGACGUCCUUGCGCCCAUUGACACUGACGAUGCUUGGUCUCGCAGCAACAGUAUGGCGGCUCCGUCCGAGUACAGUCUUGUUACAAGUCCCAGCUCUGAGCAUCUUCCCAGCCCCAGUGCUGCCGUGACUGCUGCUAGUCGCGAGCUCUUGGACAUGGAUCUCGGUGGCUUCCCCUUUGACGAUAUUGCGAACGAGGUUAUUGAUUCUUUCCCAACAGAGGAGAUCACUAUCAACGACGAGACACUUGCUCCCAUGUAUGAGUCGGAUGCAGGCUUCAGCACAAAACUCAGAAAGAAGCGCUCUCGUCGUCGCAGAAGAAAACAUCGCAGCAAUGACGAUGAUGCCCCAGAAACACCCUCUCCCUCUCCUAAAUCCUCUCUACGCUCUCUUUCACGCCGCCACAAACCCUCUCGUCCCCGACUCCAAACUUCCGUGGAGGAAGAAUCUCUCCGCCCUCGCACUCCAAUCCCUAACAUCUCUGCCCCUCGCCUGAUCAGCGAUCCCCAGCCCGUUCUCCUCCAACCUACCACCUACGACCCCACAAGAAGAAAAAGUACCAGCCGCGAUCCCAACGAGGGUAUAUCCCCAGUUCAGCGCAACAUAGAACAAGAAGAGACGCACCGUCUCCUCGCAGAAGACGCCGCCGCGAGGGUGAGCGCCCUGCAGAAGGCCAAGGCCGCCGUGCUAUCCAAGUUAAGUCGCGAGUUCUGCAACAGCAAGAAGCCUCGCGUGGGCGAUGCGAACGCGUGCCGCUUCCUGGCGGGCCGGGACCUUGGCACGGCGUUUGGGCCUGGCAUGGUGAUGGAGGAUCGCCGAGCCCUCGAGAGCCGCAGUGUGUUGGUUCCUCUGAUGUUCAGCCGCGCAUGA